AAAACAAAGAUGCUGAUUCAUCUUCAACAUUAGGUAAAUAUUGUUCUUUAUUCAAAAGUACUAUUUCUUGUGUGUUAUCACCUGUAUCGACUAUUAUUUCUAUAUCAACAAAUGAUAAGUUAG